AUGAACCGUUGUUCUAUUUUGCUGGUGCAAAUGUUGACCAUCCUGGCAGGAGGGUCCUCCGUUGUGUUUGGCUCUCUAGUACUGACAAGUUCUCCGGACACAGCUACAGAUGGUGAGCUGUUCACCAUGACGUGCACCAGCAGCCAGAGCGGGGGUCGGGCCUGGUCAAGGGAUAAGCUGUAUCCUGUCUUAUAUACACAGCAAGGAAACUCAAAAGUAAUUCUGGUUAGUCCUCGCCUUACCAGAGACUUACUCGGACGUGUCACAGCCUCUGGUAGUUCUGAUGGAACACAAAAUAAUGUCACCCUCAAGAUAAAUUCACGCAUCGACAACGGUACUGCGUGGAUGUGUAGAGAUGAAAUACAUGGCGAGACCAGCAACACAUUAACAAUAGUGGCUGUAGUUGCACCGCCCACGACAAUGGUUCUGACAUCAUUGAGAUCAACACAGUCGACGCCGACAGGGAUUUCUGUAUCAGAUGCAGUGGUGAAGAGCCGACUGUCGCCUACUACAACAACAGUUAUACUCUUCACAACAACGACUCCUUUAUUCGGAACAGAAAAAGAAACAUCAACAGCAGCAUCACCUUCUCCACCAACAACUGUGAUCGUCGCAGCAGUUGCAACUGGUGUGGUCAUCAUCGUCAUUGUCGUCGUGGUUGUGUUUAUAUGGAGAAAUAGAUGGAAUAGAGCAAGAAAAGAUUACCAUGACUCCAGCAUCUACACGAUCCCUUCCGUCUAUGAAGACAUGGUCAGCCAGUACUGUGAUCUACGUACCCACUACGGCAACACACAGGGUGAAAUAACACACUCUAGCUUCGUCAACACACAUGAGGAAACAGCAGCCUCUUGUAACGUCAACACACAUUAUGAAACAGUACCUUCUAGCUACUUCAACAUAGAUGGCGAAACAGCACCCUCCAGCUAA